ACAGUAUGCCAAACAAAGAUAAACAACGGCCCAUUAAGUUGAUAUUUCAUGAAGAAGCUGAGGCACGUAGAUUUAAUGAAUUGUUCUCAAAGGACUUGGUUGCUGAGGCAGAUGUAGCUUUCACAGACAUAAGUAUCUCAAGGGAUAGAACACCCCGUGAAAGACAACGUUUGAAAAGUCUUAGAGCGGAGUUGGAUGCUCGAGCAGGGAAGGAUAUCUCUAACUCAGAGUUGGGUCUCUAUAAUUAUGCUGUGUUCAGGAAAGAUAGGUCACCUCUUACCAGUGCUAAAGAGUCGGGUGGGGGAGUCAUGAUAGCUGUACAUUCUGAUUUCACCUCAUUUGAGAUUUGUUCUUCUAUAAUGGAUGUAGAGCAUGUGUUUGUGUCUACCCGAACCUGCAAUCGUGAAAUAAUAUUUGGCGCUGCAUAUUUACCCCCCAGCUCACCGUCUGACAAGUAUUCCCAUUUUUGUGAUGCAGUCGAGGAAGUGUAUAUGGUGUCUGAUCCUGGCACUUCAAUCGUGAUAGCAGGAGAUUUCAAUCAACCAUCAGUGAACUGGAUAGAUACCUCGGCCCUUGCUCCGCCUAUCGGAGCCCAAUUAUUGAUCGAUAUGUCAAACUUUCUUCAGCUAUCACAAGUCAACAACGUUUCAAACAGCAGAGGAGUAUUUCUCGAUCUUGUAUUCUCUUCUGAUCCGGAACUGCAAGUGUUUCCAUCUAUUGACCCGUUGAUAGUUGAAGAGAGUGCUCACCCAGCCCUCGAACUUAUGCUUGCGGGUGACCAUACCCCCCAAAACCGCCAUACGGCCUAUGUACCGAACUUUAAUAGAUGCAAUGUCGCUAGGGUAAACGAUUGGAUCUCUCAACAGAUGUACCCCGCUGAAAAUUCUCUCAUCGAUGCGGAAGUCCUGUUUGUCAAGUUUUGUGGAGAUUUGAGGGACGUCAUAUUACAAAACUGCCCUAACAAGAGAAUUGGUCACAGCCCCUUUCCCAGCUGGUUCUCAAAGCAGCUUCGUGAAUGUGUUAUUAAGAAAAAAAUACUUCAUUCCCGUUUCAAGUCAACGAUGAAUUUAGAAGAUUAUAAAAUAUUUAGAGAAGCUCGCAAUGAGUGUAAGAAAUUAUCAAGAGAAUGUUAUUCUUCUUAUAUAUCCAAUGUUGAGGCGGGCCUAUCAAAUAAUCCAAGGACUUUUUGGGGCUAUGUGCGGAAUCUUAGAAGUAAUAAUUCUACUCAGAAUUAUCUUAAUCUUGGCAAUCAAGUGGCUAGGGAACCGCACAAGAUCUGCGAACUAUUUGCUGAUUUCUUUUCUUCCAUCUACAGAGUGCCCAGUGCUGCAGUUCCUGAAUACUCCUUUACCAACAACUUUAAUCUUUCGACUAUCCAUGUUACAGCCACUGAAGUGGAAGGGAUUUUGAGGAGUCUGGAUAGUUCUAAGAGCCCAGGUCCAGAUAUGAUUCCCCCGCGUUUUCUCAGGAUGUGUGCAGAGGUUCUGGCUCCCCAUCUAUCGAUACACUUCAACAAUUUACUAAGCCAGGGAGUGUUUCCUACUUACCUAAAAUCGGGAUUUCUUGUACCUCUCCACAAAUCAGGAUCCCGUUCUAAUGUGAAAAAUUAUAGACCAAUCGUCAUUCAACCAGCUAUAGCUAAAAUAUUUGAGAAAUUGUUCUUGGACAGAAUGACUUUUACAUUUAAGAAUCUGAUUAUCCCUGAACAACACGGAUUUCAGCGAGGAAGAUCUACUGCGACCAACUUAGUGGAGUUUACUAGUGUUGUUCUUCCUGCAUUGUCGAGAGGAAAACAGGUGGAUUGUGUUUAUCUGGACUUCAGCAAGGCCUUCGACAGAGUUGGACAUUCCCAUUUGCUGAAAAAACUUGAGGCUUUUGGUGGAUCACAUCUGGGACCCUUUUUGUUCUCCAUGUUUAUCAAUGACAUUGGUACUACUUUAUCGAGCCAAUAUCUCCUGUUUGCUGAUGACGUUAAGAUCUUUGCUGAGAUAUCAAGUAUCCAACAUCAGCAGGAACUUCAAAGGGAUCUACAACGAAUUCAAGACUGGUGUCAAGCAAGUGGUAUGGACUUAAACACUGAUAAAUGCAACACUAUAUCGUACACCAGAGCUCAUGAGAUCCUGCAGUUCAAUUAUACGCUCUAUGGUGUCACCCUUCAGAGAGUUACGAGAACCCGUGACCUUGGAGUUCUCCUUACAUCAACGCUGGACAUUGGUGAGCACAUUCGCAGCAUCGUCAGUAAAGCAGUCUCAAUCCUAGGGCUUAUAUGCCGCACCUGUCGUCGUGGUUUCUCUGCUACUGUAGUCGGGACCCUGUAUGCUGUUCUGGUCCGUCCGGUCCUCGAAUUUUCUUCUGUGGUCUGGUCCCCCUACCAGGUUGGACACAUCUCAAUGCUUGAAUCUGUUCAAAAGCGUGUGUUCAGAACUGUUGGUGUGAAGCUUGGUUACCAGUAUCUCGAUGUCGAUUUGGAGACAAUGUCUAAUUUUCUUCACCUUCCACCGCUGUCAGUUCGCAGAACCUUAAUGGACAUGGUUUUCCUUUUUAAGAUCUUGAAUGGGAUGAUCGAAUGUCCAGCCAUUCUUCAGGCAAUAGACCUUCAUAUACCUCGUAGUCAAGCACGGAGCUCCCAACUGUUCACCAGACGUCACCAUCAUACCAACUACCUUUACCACGGUACGAUCCCGAGGCUGAUGAGAACGGGCAACAGUAUGUGUUCUGACGUGGACUUCUUUGAUCCGUCUUUUCGUCACUUCAGGAGAAACGUACUGGAAGCUAUAACUUCACCAACUGGAGCCUGA